AUGUUGGCAAUAUUCCUAUAUUCUGAUAUUGCAGAAGACACCACAUUAGACACCGUGAUCGGGAAAUUUGUGGAAGAUGAUAUUGCGACGACAAGUGCAUCGACGACAACACUCGAUAUGACUUCCCUAGGAUUACAACCAAUGAUUAGCAGUAUCACAUCCACUAUUCAACCACCCCUGCAACACCCAACACCACAACUGGCACCACUUCCUGUCAUGCAACAUCAGUUGAAUAAUUUGAGCAGUUUGACACAAGUACUAUCUCAGCAGAGUUUCAACACUGCUAUUCAACAGACAGCAAAUGCAGUGCAACAGUCGUUAAACCAGUCCCUGAACCUUAAUCAGUCUCUGAACCAAUCGUUAGCCUCAAGUCUAGCAGCCGGUCUAACGAGUGGGCUGAGUCCUCUCGGUGUCAACUAUCUGCCCAACGGCUUGAAUCCAGCGUCGCCACUUCUAGCCAACGCGAUGUCUCAACCAAAGUUGUCACCAAUGCUCAAAUAUUCCUGCACGAUCAACACCGAAUAUGAAUUGCCAGAAGAGCGAUCAGCGGAGAGCUGCGACUUGAAAAUCAAGAAAAACAAGGAUGGCAAGCCAAGGAAACGCUCACAACACACCAAAGGCAAUAAAUUAUGGGAGUUCAUCCGGGAUGCGCUGAAGGACCCAUCAACAUGUCCGUCUGUUGUGAGAUGGGAGGACCCGAUUGAGGGUGUGUUUCGCAUCGUAGAAUCCGAGAAGCUUGCCAGGUUAUGGGGUGCACGAAAGAACAAUGAAAAGAUGACGUAUGAGAAGCUCAGUCGUGCCAUGAGAACCUACUACGAAAAGCAAAUACUGGUACCUGUUCCAAAAACUGGUCUUUAUCCAAAAAAGUUGGUGUACAAAUUCGGCCCAGGCGCCCAUGGCUGGGAAAAUGUUAAGAGCGAAUUAAGAAUGUAA